CACACGGGACACGUGUGCGGAAACUAAACCCCAAAAGACACGAACUCCAUCAACUUCGUGUUCCGUCCUCGCGUAUACGAAUACUGUCCUACGUAUACCAUACCGUACAAAACAAUAUAUGGUGUUAUUUUACACAAAUACAAACCAUAGCUUUUACGACUUGAAUCAUUUGAUCUCCUCCUUCAACGACGGUUUGACAAAUUAAGAUAAGUAUGGCUUAAAAGUUGACGCCAUGAUAUUAUUACGAGCUGCGUUGAAUUGACUUGUAUUGUUUUUUUUUUCUUUUCGCAAAAUCAUCUCUCCUUUUUCACGUAAUCUGAAAAGAGACCAGACGGCAUCCAUACAGAGCAUAUGGAUCUGUACGAAGUUUCAGUCUUCAAGAUCGAAACAGAGGAAGAAUCAAGAAACAGAACAUGUCUCUUCACGCCAUCUCCACCUUCUUCUUCCUCCUCUUCCUCUCGAGCUUCAGAGUUUCUGAACAGGUCCCUGCUUAUGUAUCCAGCGUUUGUUCUAACGCGACGACUUACGCAAGAAACGGCGCUUACUCCGUCAAUCUCAGGACCCUUUUGGCCUCUCUCUCUUCCUCCACCGCCCCCUACUCCGCCGGAUUCCAGACCUCCACCGCCGGACAAUCCCCUGACACGGUGACCGGACUUUUCCUCUGCCGGGGAGAUAUGUCGACGGAGAUUUGCCGCGACUGCGUCGUUUUCGGUGCCAACGAAAUCCUUAACCGCUGUCCGAGCGAGAAAGAGGCCCUGAUCUGGUACUCGGAGUGCAUGCUUAGAUACUCUUACAGAAACACCCUCUUGACCCCUGCAACUGGAAAUUGGAGCUUCUUGAUGAACACUCAGAUCUUUACGUCUCGAGAACUAGACAGGAUGAACAAUGUGUUGGUUUCGAUGCUGAGAGAUGCUGCAGAGGAGGCGGCCAAUAAUACCAGAAAGUUCGCGAUGAAACGCGCAAACUUCACGUCUUCGGAAUCGUUGUACGGACUGGUUCAAUGCAUGCCGGUAAUAUCGAGACAGGACUGUCGCAACUGUCUGAACCAAGCAAUCAAUAGAUUGGCCCCUAACAACACAAGGGGAAGAUUCAUUUCUCCGACUUGUAACGCAAGGUUCGAGCUUUACCAAUUCUACAACCAAACCGCAGUGCAAACUCCACUUCAACAAGGCAAAGACCAGAAUUCCGUGAUAAUCAUCGCUGUCAUUGUCCCGGUUGCUGCUGCUGCUCUGCUAAUUGCUGCUGUUUACUUUGUGCGUUCAAGGAGAGCAAGAAAGACUUAUGAUACAACAAUUGCCGGCGACUCUGGGGAUGAUAUCACAACUGAAGGCUCGCUUCAAUUCGACUUCAAAGCAAUUGAAGCGGCAACUGAUAAGUUUUCGGAGAGUAACAGGCUCGGUCAGGGUGGAUUCGGCGAAGUUUACAAAGGUGCGCUUCCGUGUGGAACAGAAGUGGCGGUGAAGAGGCUGUCGAAAACGUCGGGACAAGGCGAAAAGGAGUUCAAGAACGAGGUUGUUCUUGUAGCAAGACUUCAGCACAGAAACCUGGUUAGGCUGCUAGGGUUUUGUUUGGAAGGAGAGGAAAAGAUUCUCGUCUUCGAGUUUGUUCCCAACAAAAGCCUCGAUUAUUUCCUCUUCGACCCUUCAAAGCAGGGCGAGCUGGACUGGACAAGACGGUACAAGAUCAUCGGAGGGAUUGCUCGAGGGAUUCUUUACCUUCAUCAAGAUUCGAGGCUCACGAUCAUUCACCGUGAUCUCAAAGCGAGCAACAUUCUCUUGGACGCUGAUAUGAACCCGAAGAUUGCAGAUUUCGGAAUGGCAAGGCUUUUCGGGAUGGAUCAGACUGAAGCCAAUACGGGAAGAGUAGUCGGAACAUACGGGUACAUGUCUCCCGAGUAUGCGAUGUAUGGCUACUUCUCCAUGAAAUCCGAUGUAUAUAGCUUCGGAGUUCUUGUUCUGGAAAUCAUAAGCGGCAAGAGGAACAGCAGCUUCCACGAGAUGGACGAUACAUUUGGCAACUUGGUCACAUACGCUUGGAGGCUAUGGAGUAACGGUUCGCCUCUAGAGCUCGUGGAUCCGGCUAACGGAGAGAGUUACCAGAGCAAUGACGUGAUCAGAUGCAUACACAUCAGUUUAUUAUGCGUUCAAGAAGAUCCAGUGGACCGUCCGACCUCGUCAACGAUCAUCCAGAUGCUGACUACGAGCUCGAUCGCCCUUCCCGUGCCUCGCCCGCCCGGAUUUUUCUAUCGAAACAGGCGCGUGGCAGACGCACAGGGUGACAGAAGAGUCUCUGCACAGUCUGCAAGCAACUCUGUUCCUUGGUCUGUUGACGAUGAAUCCAUAACUGUUAUAGAUCCUCGUUGAAACUAAAGAUCUCUUCAAUUUUUAGGCUUGAAACAGAAAUCGGAAGCCCGAGUGCUUGUAAAUGACUUAUUUUGCUUAAUACGAACACAGAGAGGAUACAUAUUUGAUCAUA